UGAAUUUUAUAAAAAAAUUUCAAAUAACACUCUUGGCGGUAAUUGUCACAGCAAAUGACAAUGCUUGCAAAUUCGAUGCACAAAAUGACACUUUGAUGCAAUGUUUGGAAGUUGGCCAAGAAAAGUACACAAUAAGAAAGUGCGAAGCCGGAGUGAAAGGCUAUGAGAAUGGAACGAAAUUGGCAUUUCAUUGUUUGGAAGGCGGUCAACUUUCAGGUCGAACAUUGAGGCAAUGCAUAAAUGGCACAUGGGAUGUUGACGAGGUGCCAUCAUGUCAAAAAACUUGUCCUGAACUGAUUUUCAAUCCAAUCAAGACGAAUGUCAGUUGCGACAAUGAAAGAUGUUUCGAUCGACAAAUUGUUGGAACGAAAGUUUACAUUUCAUGCCAAAAACCUGACUAUGAACGUCCAAAAAGUAUCAAACAUCAUGAAAUCGAAUGUUUGGAGGAUGGCAAUUGGUCAGCUCCAAUAUACGAUUGCAUAAAAAUUCAAAUAAACGUGAAGGACGUUCUUCCGUUGAACACGGGAGGUAUUGAGACAGAAAUUAACAAAGUUCCGUAUCACGCAGCAAUUUAUGGGCGCAAAAAGAAUGGAAACCCAUUUCUCAAAUGUGGUUCAACGAUCAUUUCUCAACGAGUAGUUGUCACAGCAGCCCAUUGUUUCUUUCGAAAUGCCAUUCAACAAGAAAACUCAAAGUAUUUCGUGGUUGCUGGAAAAUUUCAUCGAACCUACAACGACACUUCUGACCAAAAUACUCAAGAAAGUGAAAUCAGCGAGAUCUAUAUUCACGACAGUUAUAAAGCUCAAGAUCUCUUUCGAGAUGAUGUAGCUUUGGUAAUUCUUGAAACUCCUCUCCAUUUCACGCCAAUUGUACAAAAAGCUCAAGUCGACUUAGAUUUCAAUGAAUUUCAUUCGGGAAACGUUUCUGGAUGGGGCAAAAACGCCUCGCAAAACGUUCUGGAAACACUUCAUACAGUCAAACUCGAAGUCGUGAGUUGCCUUAAUGAGUUAUCGGAAAAAUUUUGUGCCGGAGGUAAUGAAGGACAAACUGUUUGUCAAGGCGACAGUGGCGGAGGAUUCAUUGUCGAACGAGAAGGCAUCAAUUAUGUCGUUGGCGUUGUAAGUACAAGCUCUGAUAAAUCUCUUGCGGGAUGUAAUCCUGACAUGCCAGCUACUUUCAAUAAAUUAGCUCCGUAUUUGUAUCUCUUUCAAAAAGCAAAGCGAUACUUAUUGCUCUUUGAAAAUUGUGAAGAUUACAAAUUCAAAUGUAACUCCGGAAAAUGCAUCAAUAUUGAGCAACUUUGUGAUGGAAUAAUUGACUGUGAUCAGGAUGGAUUGGCAGAAGAUGAAGCUAAAGUUAAUUGCAAUCUUCUUGCGACACAAAAAAUGUUAAGUUUUGGCGCGAAACUACUUGAAAAUUCAAAAUUUUAUGAGAAUCGAUAUCCGAAUUGGAUUGUACCAACAAGUGCUUUGUGGAUAACUGCUAAUUUCUUGUCUCAAUCUGUGAAAGAUGAAGAGGUUCAGAAAAAGCUUCAGCUUGACUUUGGUAUAAGUGUUAUUGAUAAAGGAGAUGAAAUGCUUCAAAAUAUACAAAAUUCUACAAUUUAUCAAUCAGAGUUUCUUCAUACUCGAGGAGAGAUUCAAAUCACCAAUGAAACUUUGGCGAAAAAGUAUCUUUUGAACAUCAAACCAAGGAGAAAAGGUCCGCCAGAGUUCUUUUAUCCCGACUUGUAUCGAAUUGGAGUGCAUCUGAACUCAGAUUUCUCGUUUUUAGUCAAGAGUUCUCCACGAAAUUUUUCAUUUUUUGUCACAAAUGAUGAAGUUGUUCAAGUUCCAAUGUUUUGUUUCAACAAUAAGAAAAGUUCAAUGGCUUUUGUGAAGGAAUUAAACUCUGAUGUGAGUUCUCUUCCAAUGACAUCAAACCUUAAACUAUAUAUUUUAGUGCCAAAAACUUCCAUAGAAUUGACAUUAAAAGCCUUAAGAGCUUUCAACUUGAAUCUCAUCGAGGAACAACUUUACGGAAAUUCAAAAGAAAUCUGCAUCCCUGAAUUCAAAAUCAUCACAAGUGUCGAUUACUCGCCCAUUCUCUUCAAACUCGGUUACGAUUACGCCUUCAACUUGGAUCCCAUCGAGCUAAACAACGUAAAUCGACAUUCGCAUUUCCAAACGAAUAUCCGCGGAUUCUUCGGCAUUACAGAAGAUGAGAAUUACCCGCGAACGAAUGUCGUCGAUACCUUCAACAACAACUCGUACAUUAUUAACAAGCCUUUUAUAUUUGUCGUGACAGAAGAAAUCACCAAAUCCAUCGCUUUUAUGGGUAACGUAAGGCAGCCACACAAAUAUACGCGAUAUGCAAAUGCAUAUGCAAAGUGCAAAAUAUUCUCCGAGACACAAUGCACCUAAAAAUAUGAUGUCAUCACGUAGUUCGUUGGCGCGCUGUGUAACUCUGAGUGAUAAAUGCGGGGAUUUGGAAUUUAAAUGGAACGACAAAUCUCGUGAUGGAAAAUCCCGAAAUUUGUGUACGUGUUUAUAUCGAAAUUGUAAUAAAAAUAAAACUGGUUCGCAUAUUUGAAUUUUAUAUUCUCG